ACCUUCUUUCCUCGCAUAUAAAAUAUCCAUAUCAGAACCAAUGUGGUUGAGCGAUUUACAAAAGAUCGGUGUCGGACUGACGGCAUUUGGCGUGUUUUUCAUGGCGCUUGGUGUUUUGCUAUUGUUUGAUGCAGGAUUGAUGGCGAUCGGCAACGUUCUGUUUUUGUUUGGUAUUGGAGCGAUCAUAGGCCCGAAAAGCACAUUGGUUUUCUUCACAAGACGGGAAAAGAUACGGGGAACAAUAUGUUUUCUUGGAGGCAUAUUCUUGGUGUUGAGUAAAUUCCCCGUGUUUGGCUUUGUAUUGGAAGUGUUUGGUUUCCUCAAUUUGUUUGGUGAUUUCUUCCCCGUUGUAUUUGGUUUUAUGCGACGAUUGCCUAUCAUUGGUCCCAUCUUGAGCCAUCCAGCUAUCUCUAGGUUUAUGCCGCGAGAGUCGCGUACGCGCGUGUAAUAUAUGCAUUAUACAUAAAGCUUUAUCCCCAGUCACAGCUGAUUUCGUAUAUAUAUAUAUAUAUAUUUUAGAGAAAGAGAGAGAAAAACGAUAACAACAGCAACGACAAAGAAAAUAAAAAAUAAUAAUAAUUAAUCCAUACCCUUCACCACCUCUGGUUUCUUGUGUUCUAU